UGACAACUAUGACAAAACAAUGACAUGACAGACGAUCUACCUCAAUAAAAUACAUCGUCAAUCAAAUAUCGUUUUCGGUCAGAUUUUGUUGAUUGUUGCGUAAAGAUAAUCUGUUCAGAUUCUCUAGAACUGACCAUAGAAUUGUAGUACACUACAAUUAACUAUUCUUUGAAGAACAUUACAAUAAAGAUUUAAGUUAUGCACACAGACUUGUCCCCCCACUUACACACCGACGAGUGCAAUGUUUUUAUACAAAAGCUGAUGGACUGUCACGUCGAGGUAGCACCCAUUUAGAAAGUUUAUGGGUUAUUGCAACGAUUAUGACAGGGAUAUGAGAAAAUGCUUGAAAGCUGAACGCAUUGAAAGACAGAAAGCAAACUUGGCCGAAUCCAGAAGACGCCACGCUGAAAUCCGAGCUAGAAUAGCAGCACAACACCAAGCCGCACAAUAGAAAGCAUACAUCUGUGUAAAACAAUAUAGCAUUUAUAUUUUAUUAUGACAAUGGAGUUUAAGAUAUUAGAUUCAAUACCCGACUUAACUAAUCUUAAAUCAUUCACAGAAAGAUAUUUUAGUAAGAGAUAUAUUACAAAUGUUAAUGGAAUAAAAAAUAAUGACAUAAUGAUAAUGUUCCAUUCAAACAGGAUCGCCCUGCUCAGCUUAGCACCAAGCCAUUUCUUUUUCACUAAGGCAAAUGACUUUAAAGUCAAUUACUCUGUGGGUAAUGUAAACAGGUUAAGAAAUUCUGUAAAGGGCAAGAGUAAGAAAGGUGGUCAACAUUUGGUGCCUAAGUCUGUAGUUUGCAAGAUAGAGUAUGAUGAUGGAACAAGUUUUGAUGUCCCAUGCUGCAUGAAAGGAACACUGGUUGAAGUCAAUGAAGAACUUGUAAAGAAUCCAAAGCUCUUGAAAGAAUGCCCGGAUGAGGAUGGAUACAUUGCUAUCAUUUUAUCAAGUAUCGCUAUAUCUGAAGCAACUAAAAGUGAAAUGUUAACACAUGAAGAGUAUUUGAAAGUAUUGGAUAGUUUUGAAAUAAAUGAUUAGAAAUUAGUAACAUACA